AUGCAGAGCGAUCCCCAGGGCUUCGCUUCCGCGGCCGCCGACGAUGCCGCCGGCCGCAGAGCUUGCGACCAAUGCCGGCUACGCAAGAUCAGAUGUGACCGCGAUUGGCCCUGCGCAAAUUGCCGCAUUGCAAAACGCGCCUGCUCCUCCACAGGCCUCGGCCAGCGGCCCAAGGAACCGCGUCAGCGAGUCCUCAUCUCCUCUCAAUAUGAGCGCAAGAUAGACCAAAUCGAGAACCGCCUCGGCAAUAUCGAAGCCCUCCUCAAAACCAUCGCCUCGCCCAUCGCCCCCGUCGACCAUGGCCGCGUCGCCAACACGCCCGGCACCGGCUGCAGCAGCAGCAUCCCCACCACGGCGGCCUCGACCACCGCCGCCGACUUCGAGAGCAGCGACGAAGAGCCCGCCUUUGCCGGCGACUCGGGCCUUACCGCCCAGACCACCUUUGCCAGCGAGUUCCUCGAAAAGGCCGUCCGCAGGACUUCGCUGCGAGAGGUGAAUCCCAAGAUGGAGGCUGCCUUUGCAAACCUCCGCCAGCUCGUCGAGAUGCAAAAGCUCCGGUCCAUCAGCCACGGGCCCCGGUUCCCGCUCCAGAAGCCCGUCCCUCCUGGUGGUCUUUGCAAGCUGCCCAUGCCCCCCAUGCCGGCCGUCGUCGCCCUGCUCAAGCAUGCCAAAGCCGCGCCCCCGACUCUCUUCACCGUCAUGUGCGCGCUCGUGGGCCUGUCCGACUUCGCCAGCCUGUGCCGCCUCGUCUACUUUGCCACCGAGGACUUCUCCGACGCCACCUUCACCAUUGUCAACGCCAUGCUGUACAAUCUCUUCAUGGAGCAGCACGCCCUGGCCACGGACCCCAUCGUCCGGGAUGAGUAUCACGCGUACAUGCAGCAAUGCCGCGCCAACCUCGAAACAUGCCUGGCCAACACCCCACUCUUCCUCUCGGCAAAGAUUGAAAACGUCCAGGCCCUCGUCCUCGGGGCUCUCUAUGCAAUCGACGUGUCGCGCCCCUCGGUGGCCUGGCAUCUCAGUUGCAUGGGGGCCCAGUUGUGCCAAGCUGCUGGCUAUCACCGUUCCGAGACCCUUAAGCACGACCCGCCGUCCAUGUCCAAGCUCAAGCGCAUCCUUUUCUGGCACGUCUACACCCUUGACAAGGGUCUCGGCCUGAGGCUGGGACGCGCCCCGGUCAUCAACGAGUGUGACAUCGACAUCCCCCGUGUCUUUGAGUUUGACAGCUGGGGCCUCGAGUCGUGCACCAUCCCGACUCUGUGGGUCAAGAUAAGCCACCUCCAGAGUCGCAUCUACGAACAGCUAUAUAGCCCUGCUGCUCUGGCAUGCCCACAGGCAGAGCUGGUCGCCCGGGCCCGAGUCUUGGCCGAGGACUGUCGAAAGCUCGAGGUCGAGUCCGAGGACUCCCGCGAACAAGUGUACAACUAUCUCAAGGCUGUCAACUCGUCCGAGAUUGUUGACGUCUUCCUGCGCGGCGACGAGGUCCAGUUCCAGGUAACCCUGACCCUCGUCUACCGAGUCAUUCCCGCGCCCGAAGGCUCCGUCAGCCGCUUCUGCGACGAGUGCCUCGAGGUGGCCCGCAAGGCCAUGCAGGUCCAUCAGCGAUACGCCGAGUUUACGAACCUGGGCAGUUACUUCCGGUCCAUCUAUGUCCACUGGAACCUAUUGCUCACCCCAUUUGCCCCCUUCUUCGUCCUAUUCUGCUACGUCAUAGAGACGUCCUCACUCGAAGACCUCAAGCUCCUCCAAGACUUUGUCACCUCACUAGACGGAUCCCGGGACACAUCCGAGACAAUUGACAAGCUCUACCGCCUCACCCAGGUCAUGGUUGACGUUGCCGGCCUCUACGUCGAGGCCAGGACGCAACAGCAGGACGACCAGACCAUGGCCCCGAUAGGCGAUGAGUUUGAGAUGUACCUGAGCCAGUUGGGUUUCAUGCCGACGGAAGACCAAACCCUGGCUGACGCACCCAGUAGUCGGGGGCCCCCGGGCGUCAAUGGGCAAGUAGCGCAGAUAGCAGACUGGUUUUCGGGAAAUCGCAACAUGAUGGGGCUGCUGGAAGAGGAUUUGUCACGUAUAGAGUCAUACCGAUGGAUGCAAUAG